UUUCCGGUGACAUCACCACACAGAUCUGCCUCGACUCUUGUCACGCAGUCAUGGACAAGCUCGACUUGGCUGAUCUGCCCCCGCGAGUGGUGCGAGCAGCGGCAAAGCUUGGCCACUUUGGUCAAGCGCGAACAGACAAGUACCUCGUCGACUUUCAUCAGCCGUCACUCUACAUUGCGCUCGCUUCAAUCUUGUUUAAUCCCAUCUUUUGGAACAUCAUUGCUCGACAAGAAUACAAGAACAAGGUCUUGACGAGGCUCUUUGGCGAUCCUUACCGUGGCUGCUAUGCCCUUGCGCUCACCAUCUUCGGUCUGGGCCUCUUCCGAGAUGGCUUGUAUCAAAAAGCGCUCCUAGAUCAGCCAACGAGCCUCUUACUUGCUUAUGGCGAAUUCAAGAUCAUCGCCGUCUUGCUCAUGUUGUCCGGUACCGUGCUCGUCCUCACUUCCAUGUACGCUCUCGGCGUGACCGGCACGUACCUUGGCGACUACUUUGGCAUCCUCAUGGAUGCGCCCGUCACCGGCUUUCCCUUCAGUGUGACAUCCAGCCCAAUGUAUACUGGCUCCAGUCUGGUCUUCCUCGGCACCGCGCUCUGGCACGAGAGUCCAGUCGGCAUCGUCCUAUCUGCGAUCGUCUACAUAGAGUACAAAGUCGCUCUGACAUACGAAGACCCGUUCACGAGCGAGAUCUACGCGAAACGCGAUGCAGCACCUAGACGAUCACAGCGAUUGCUGACAAGCUGACGAGGGCGACAGGAACAGUCAUGAUACCCCGAGAAUUCAAACAUAAUGCAAUACCCUUGGCAUUGGAUGCUUUUGUAUGAGGUG